AGUCUCCAAACGAUAAUACAGAUUUCUCAGUAAAUAGCUUGCAUUCGAACUUUAACAACGAAAAAAAAGAAAAAUGCCCCCCAAGGUCAGUGGAAAAGCAGCGAAAAAGGCCGGUAAAGCUCAGAAGAACAUUGUUAAAGGAGACAAAAAGAAAAAGCGAAAGAGGAAGGAGAGCUACGCCAUUUACAUCUACAAAGUUUUGAAGCAGGUCCAUCCUGACACCGGCAUCUCCUCCAAAGCCAUGACUAUCAUGAACAGCUUCGUCAACGACAUCUUUGAGCGUAUUGCUGGAGAAUCUUCUCGUCUUGCUCACUACAACAAGAGAUCUACCAUCACGAGCCGCGAAAUUCAAACGGCUGUCCGUUUACUAUUGCCAGGAGAAUUGGCUAAACACGCCGUGUCUGAGGGCACCAAAGCUGUGACCAAGUACACCAGUACCAAGUAGAUUGUUUCUCCUGGUCAUUCUGAGACUUAACGGCCCUUUUCAGGGCCACCAACUCGAUAAAGAGCUAGAACAUGCUACCGAUCAUCGUUAAGUACCAAUUUUAGCUGUGACUUGAUGAUGAGACAAUUUCCAUUAGGAUAGAAAAUGUUUCAUUUGCAGCCUGGACGAAAUGUAGUAACGAGGAACAACCUUAUAUAAUAAACUAAAAAUGUACUGAAUAACAGA